AUGAAGCCGGACCUCCCCUGCCUGCUGGCCCUUCUGUGCCUCCUCCACUCAGAUGCUGAGAGUGUUUGGGGGACCACCGCCACCUCUACCCACUUUCCCACCACCGCCUCCACCUCCUUCCUCACCUCUGACUUCAGCACCAGCUCCACCUCCACCUCUGGCUCUGGCUGGCCCAGCUCCAGCUCCAAGUCCCAGUCGUUGUCCAAUUUCACCGGCUCCAAGGAUGACCAUGGGACCUGUCAGUGCUCCGUUAUCCUGCCAGACACCACCUUUCCUGUGGAGAGAGUGGAACGCUUGGAAAUCAUAGCUCAAACUGUCACCAAGAAGUUCGAGAAAGAGCUUUCUAUAGUGAAGGAGUAUGUGCAAUUAAUCAGCGUGUAUGAAAAGAAGCUCUCAAACCUAACUGUCCGAAUAGAGAUCAUGGAAAAAGAUACCAUUUCUUACACUGAACUGGACUUUGAGCUGAUCAAGAUAGAAGUGAAGGAGAUGGAGAAACUGAUCAAACAGCUGAAGGUCGGUUUUGUUGGAAGCUCAGUGAUCGUUGACCAGCUGGAAGUGGAGAUAAGGAAUAUGACUGUCCUGGUGGAGAAGCUUGAGACGCUAGACAAAAACAAUGUCCUUGCCAUUCGCCGACAAAUCCUGGCUCUGAAGGAGAAACUCAAGGAAUGUGAGGACUCUAAAGUCGAAAACCUUCCUGCCGUACCCCCUCCCCCUGCACCAGGGAGCUGUGCUCACGGCGGUGUGGUGAACAUCAGCAGACCGGUUAUGAUUCAGCUCAACUGGAGAGGGUUUUCCUAUAAGUAUGGCGCCUGGGGUCGGGAUUACUCUCCUCAGCAUCCAGGCAAAGGGCUGUACUGGGUGGCACCUUUGAACACUGAUGGGAGAUAUUUGGAAUAUUACAGACUCUACAAUACACUGGAUGAUUUGCUGUUGUACACACAUGCCCGAGAGAACUGGAUUGCCUAUGGCCAAGGUGGUGGUACAGUAGUUUAUAAGAAUAACAUGUAUGUCAACUGGUACAGCUCCCGGGACAUUGCCAAAGUUAACCUGACCACCAACACAGUUGCUUUGACUCGAACUCUCCCUGAUGCUGCCUAUAAUAACCGCUUUUCUUAUGCUAAUGUUGAUUGGCAAGAUAUCGACUUGGCUGUGGAUGAGAAUGGAUUGUGGGUGACUUAUGCAACUGAAGCCAGCACUGGUAACAUGGUGAUUAGCAAACUCAACGACACCACACUUGAGGUGCUAAACACUUGGCAUACCAAGCAGUAUAAACCAUCUGUUACUAACACAUUCAUGGUGUGUGGGGUUCUGUAUGCCACCCGUACUCUGAACACCAGAACAGAAGAGAUUUUCUACUACUAUGACACAAACACAGGGAAAGAGGGUAAACUUAACAUUGUAAUGCAGAAGAUGCAGGAAAACCUACAGAGUAUUAACUAUCAUCCUUUCGAGCAGAAACUUUUUGUCUAUAAUGAUGGUUACCUUCUGAAUUAUGAUCUUGUCUUCCAACAGAUACCCCAGUAAACUUUUAUGUAUUAGGGUAGAGAGAAAUAAAAUUUUU